AUGGAGCUUGACCCAGAAACAUGGAUCAGCAUUGCUGCUAUCUGUGCUUCGGUUCUCGUGGCUAUCAAGUGGUGGGAUCCCAUAGCAGUUUAUCUUGGAUACUCCUUCGGCGUUCACCACCAUGUGGAGGAUCUUGGAAGAAAGGUGGAGAUGCUGGGCGUGAUGCAAAUCAACCUCCGCUGCCAGGAUCCCUUCCCAUCUUCCGCAGAGCGCAUCAGAUGGCUCCAGAGCAUGGAUGAUUUGCAAAACAAAGAGGGAGAGAUCAAGAUUAGGCUUCACAAGUACAACCUAUCUUAUUUUAAGAGGUGCUACAUCGGUAGGGAAGCCUAUAGGGAGCUCAACAAAGCCAAUGAACUCAUCAGCCAAGGCGACAAAUUAAUGCCAGAGGUAAAGGCAAGCCCACGUCCUGUCCGCCAUGUCCAGCCACAAGAGCUGCAAGCUCCAUUGCCGGGGAUGGAGGGCUCGUAUAAGAAGGUGCUCGAUUUCAUUAAGGACAAUAAUGCAGAGUCUGCAUUGCUUGGGGUUUGGGGCAUGGGAGGCGUGGGCAAGACAACCCUUAUCAAUCUGGUAAGUGAUUCUCGUUCAAAGUAUCAUGAUGAUUUCGCCGAAGUACUGUUUGUUCAAGCUGGCAAGGGAUGCUCUACAAUUGCUGAUUUGCAAAAGGCUAUCGCCAUUAGUAUAGCAUUACCUCAGAUAGGAAACCAAAUUUCCCAAGCAAAUAUCAUUCUUAACCACGUCAAGGAUAAGAGUUUCUUAUUGUUGGUGGAUGAUCUAUGGGAGGAUCUUAAUCUGGACGAACUAGGCAUCCCCUCGCUUGAUGUAGUACAGCCACACCGGCGUAAAGUUGUGUUCACAACUAGAAGCAUGUGCGUGUGUAGCAAGAUGGGAUGCUGCUGCCCUGAGGAUACCAUCCAAAUGAAGUGCUUGAGUAAACAAGACGCAUGGAAUCUCUUUGCUCAGAAGGUGGGAAGUGAAAUCUUUGAUGAUAAGAAAAUUCAUAAUCUUGCGAAAGAGAUAGUUGAGGAGUGCAACGGCUUACCAAUGGCUUUAUGCACACUCGGUAAAUUUAUGUCGCCCAAGAAAGAUCACAGGGAAUGGAGAACCGCCAGAGAUCUGCUGGGGAAUUCAAAACUCCAUGAAAUCACUGAUACACAUGAAGAUUUAUUCAAACAUCUACAAGAAAGUUAUAAUAAUCUGACAGCUGUUAUGAAGAAGCGUUUUUUGUUAUGUUCUUUAUGGCCUGAAAAUAAGAACAUACCAAUGAAGAUACUUAUAAGGUGGUGGAUAGGACUUGGUUUGUUAAAUGCUCCUGAUCCCAGUGAUGUGGGCUAUACCCUCAUUAAUGACUUAGUGUGUGCAUCCAUGUUGGAAAAAGGUGACACUAGCAUUGACUCCACAGAAAAUUCACAUGUCAAGAUGCACACCAUGAUGCGACUGAUGGCUAUCUGGAUUGCGAAUGAACAUGGAUACAUGACCAAGUGGUUACAAAAUUCCCCAUAUAGAGCACCCUUGGCUGAAGAGAUGUGGCACAAAAAUAUAACCUUUUUAAACUUGGAGGGGACGGAAAUAAUCGGAUUGCCUUUUGAGGUAUGCUCAUUGACCGAACUGCAACAUCUCAAUCUUUCUGCAACAGCAAUUGUUCUCUUGCCUCUAGUACUGAGAAAGCUUUCAAAACUCAAGUACUUGUACAUCAGAAAUAACAUGGUUCUUCAAACAAUACCAGAAGGGCUUAUCUUGGGACUCAAAAGUCUUCGAGGGCUGGACCUUUUCCAUACUGGUGCUAGUUUCCCUAACGUCCUGCAAGAAUUUGCGAGCUCCACCAUAGAUCUGGAUAUGCUCGGCUAUACUGUGCAAACAAUAGCAGAGAUAACACAACUGGGACAACUGAAAAGGGUGUGCACACAGGCACUCUGCAUGGACCAUUUUGAAGAUGAGAAACAUCCGGAUAUUAUUAACUUGCAAAUUUUAUCCAAACUACAAGAGCUGCGAGAAUUAGCCAUUGUAGAGAGCUCUCACAGUCAGAAGUUAUUAGUAGCUGAAGGUGGCCCUAAUUAUGAUCAAUGGCUACUCCCUUACAUGGAAAUCUUUGAACUGAACAAUCUUCUAGGGCUAGAGAAAGUGACGUGGAAAAAUGCAGGGAUGGACAUCAAAGUGGUUAGUAUCUAUAAAUGUGAUAAAUUAAAAGAUGUGACAUGGGUUCAUCACCUUGAACACCUUGAGCAGCUCAUAGUUGCACACUACAAGGAAAUGGAAAUAUUGAUUGAAACUGGAGAAUCGCCACAAGGUGUCAGCAUGAAGCAAACGACGUCAAAAAGUUUUCCUCGGCUGAUAAAGCUUAAAUUGGAAGAGCUGCCAAAGCUAUCCGUGAUAUGCAAGCAAGAAUGUGAAUUUGAAGAGUUGUCCUAUAUUUGUGUAACUCGGUGCGAUGAAAUGAAGGAUAUCCAAAAUCAAAAGUACAAGCAGAGUAUGAUCAAGAUAGAUUGCAGCGAAGAUUGGUGGAAUCGGAAUAGCUCAGGGAGAUUUAUUCCCUACUUCAAUCCAACAUUUUCCUCCUAG